AGCCAACAGCCACUCCCUUUAACCUGUCUCACCAACUCACAUCUAGAAGCAAUUAGGGUCCUCUCCCUCUCUCCCCCUAUCUCUCUCUCAAUUUCUCUGUCCCCCAAUCUCAUUUGGGGUCAAAAGCCUAUAAAAAUCACACCCCAACUCCUUCCUCAGCUGGCUUUGUUGUUGCAGCAAAGAUACAGAGACAAAGUUUCCAAAUUUCAAUUCCAAUUACAGUUUUUUUGUUCCAAAAGUGAAAAUAGAGCAACUCAACUCAGUGAGAGGGUGAUCAAAUAUGGGAAGAUCACCUUGUUGUGAAAAAGCACACACAAACAAAGGAGCAUGGACCAAAGAAGAAGAUGAUAGACUCAUUUCUUAUAUCAGAGCUCAUGGUGAAGGUUGCUGGCGGUCUCUACCCAAAGCCGCAGGCCUCCUCCGGUGCGGCAAGAGCUGCCGUCUCCGGUGGAUCAACUACCUCCGCCCGGACCUCAAACGUGGCAACUUCACAGAAGAAGAGGAUGAGCUCAUCAUCAAACUUCACAGUCUCCUUGGCAACAAGUGGUCUCUGAUAGCUGGAAGAUUGCCAGGAAGAACAGACAAUGAGAUAAAGAAUUACUGGAACACUCACAUCAGGAGGAAGCUUUUGAACAGAGGAAUUGACCCUGCAACUCACAGGCCUCUCAAUGAAGUUGCACAUGCUUCUCAGAAUCAAGAACCUGGUUCUUCUCCUGCUACUGCUUCUGCUUCUGCUUCUGCACCCACCACUAUAUCUUUUGCUUCCUCUGCUAAAACAAAGCAACAUCAACAGCAACAAGAGACAAGCACUGGUAGUGGUGAACCAAGCAUGGUGGUGAGAAGGUCCAUGUCCAUGGGAGUAGAACGUUGUCCUGAUUUGAACCUUGAGUUAACUAUUAGUCCUCCACGCCAUCAUGAGCCUGAUGAAACAGGGGAGAGAAACAUCUGUUUUGGAUGCAGUUUGGGUUUGCAGAACAGUAAGGAUUGCAGCUGUGGAAUUGGUAGCACUAGCAGUGGGGACAACAUCAAUGCUUCUUCUUCUUCUGCUGCUUAUGAUUUCUUGGGCUUGAAACCUGGUGUUUGGGAUUACACAAGCUUGGAAAUGAAAUAAAAAUGAGGCAAUUUCUCAGAAAUAGCUAGUGUUUGGAAGAUAAGUUAAAGAAUUGAGUCACUUGAUUUUGAAAUCUUUUAGCAUGUACUGAAUGCUUCUCACCAGAAUUGAUUCUCGCUUCAGAAUCGGUGGUAGAAGAGUUUCUAGAUAUGCAUUUUCUCUCCCUCUUUCUUUCUUUUCUUCUCUAAUUUGUAUUUGUAUAAAUAACUAGUUGCUGAUGCAUAGCAUAUAAAUGUAUAGUACCAGUAUAGCAGAACAGUAUUCGCCAUUUUUUUCCUUCA